UCUUUCCCGCAAACAUAGAUAUUGACUUCAUGAUUGUAUCAGUUAUAUACGUCGAAUAUGUUUAUAUAGAGAGACGCGCAAACUUUUAUUUUGUAGCUUAUGAUAAAACCCUGAAGUUGCAUAUUUGAUUGGCCGUAUCACCAGAAAAAUGAAGGGAAAAUUAUGUUUGAUUGUUUCGCUCUUGAUUCUCUCUUUGGCGACUUCGUCCUACGUCGUUUCAACUCAAUCAUACCAGUCCAAAGAAGAAAACAUAGCAGAAAUGAUUCACAUUCCAAAAAUAAAGAUGAUCGAAGUCUUUCCGAGUAGAUCGCCACCUGCUCGUCGAUGGAGUCGGUGGCUCCCUCUUCCUCCACAAGCUGCAGGCCCAAGUGCAGUCUAAGACGUGAUAUAUGUUUUUAUAUUGUAAUUUGGUUUGGUAUGAAACUUAUACUCUCUAUAAUUCUGAA